UGGGGCAAAGAAGGGGACGGUGAUAAAGACGUGCUGCUGAACCCCAGUCUCACCGCCCUUCUGAGGCGCGCCUCUCAACGCUGGCCGUAAAAACUCUUGAGGCAGCCCGAAUAACGGGCUUUGCAAGCAGGAAAGAAGCCUCAGGGGAGGCUGAUACGACUCCCAGAAGAAGCAGCAAUUUCUUCAGGGCAAGUGCGUGCGAAGCCGGGAGUGGCUCCUCCUCCCCCGUUCCGAGGACGACUCCCCCUUCCGGAGCAACUCUCUCCAGCCUGGGGAAGUCUAGGGCAGCCGUUCUGAAGACGGUGUCCGCCCGGUGGCAGCAAAGCGAGCGCCACUGACUGGGCAGCUGUCGCCGUGCUGCCGCCUGGCAGAGGCCGCUCCGUUGUCUCCUCAAUCAUGGAGCAGAGACUGGCCGAGUUCCGGGCUGCCCGCCGCCGCGCCCCCGGCAGCAACAAUCCACCUCGCGCCACCACGAACCCGCCUGGGGAGGCUGCAGCUCCAGCGGCGGAGCAGGACCCAAGCAGCCAGGCCCGGCCCCAGACGGAGGAUUCCAGUCAAAGAACAGAAAGACCCAAGGCCCAAGCCACUGCAUCCCCUCUACCAUGGUGGACCCACUACUUUUUUAUGAAUGUGACUUUCCUCAAGUUUCUUCUCUGGCUCGUCUUACUGGGACUGUUUGUGGAACUAGAAUUUGGUUUGCCUUAUUUUGUCCUGUCUAUGUUUUACUGGAUCUAUAUAGGAACUCGUGGCCCUGGAGAAAAAAAGAAUGGAGAAAGAAGUGCUUAUUCUGUAUUUAACCCAGGUUGUGAAGCUAUCCAAGGAACACUCACAGCAGAACAGUUUGAGAGGGAAUUACAGUAUCGGCCCUUAACUGAUUGAUUAUGGGUGUCAGUGAAUGGUAUUGUAUUACACACACACAAACACACCUUGUCCAUAAAUACUGUGAACAGGCCUGUCUUUUUUUUACAUAGAAUUUAAAAUGGCAUUUUUCACCUUUUAAGCAAUGCCUCAAUAUUGUAAUCAGGUGUCUAACUGCUGUUCGUUUUAUACACCACCAAAGAAUUAUAGUGAAAAAAUUGAUGCAUAAAUGCUGAUUCAAGCAUACAACUUUUUUGUGAUUGGAUGUUCCCAUAGUAAACCAAAACUUACUAUGCAUACGCCAGCAGCACCUGCACAAAGCGAAUGGCCAAUAUUGUAUGUCCAUUUUGUCAUGGGCAUAUUUAAUGUGAUUGGACAUCAGAUCAUGGGGGAAAUCAUGGGGGGGGCUCUAGAUGGGUAUGUGAAUUGGAACUAAUUCUUGGUGCAGCUGUAUACUUCCUGAUAGGAGUGUGUAUUGAACUGAUUCUGGCGAUUCGAUACAUAUUCAAACUGGUCUGAGUUGAACUGGCCCACAGUUCAGUUUGAUGGUCGAUCAGACCAGUUCUGAACUGGUUUGAUUCAGUUUGAGGCGUAUGCUCGUAAAAAGGAAUCCAGUGAGGAUUCCGCUUUCGAAGCUAUGGGGGGAAUCCUGUCUAAAAUAAUUCUAAUGGUAGCCGAAACUGGGCUGUGCUGCUGGGUGUGCCGGACUCAAUCCAGAGUUGAGAGGAGCUGCUAGUACCGGUGGUAAGGUGCCCUAUUCCCACCCGUGGCACCAUUGGAAGUAUUUUAAGGCAAGGUUCCCCACCUUUGCUUGAAAAGGGGAAUCCUCACCGGAUUCCCCUUUACAAGCAUACCCCUUGAACUAAAUCGAACCAAUUCCAUCUGAACUGGAGUCGGUUCAGUCCAUAUUCUGACCAGUACCUCUUCAUGGGUGUUCAAGUUCAAACUGGCCCAGUUCAAAUUAAACUGGCUCUGCACAUCCCUACUUCUUGAUAAUAAAGGAUAUGAAACAGAGGACCCUAGAAAUGAUGUGGUAUCUGUAUUUGGUAACAAGCUUAACUAGAGACAAUGGCAAUUCUUGUAAAAUUACAUCAUAUGUCAUUCUAAUGUCAUAGUGAAACUGAUAUGACAGUCAUGAAACCGUUUUUCCCCUAAAAACCAGAAAUCUUGUAACCUUUUUCACACUAGUAUAUAAUACUGAGGGGCUUACUUACAAGAUAUGAAUAUUUAUUUAAAAAUUUCAUAUUGUGUCACCCAAAUAAAAGAUGAUAGCUUUUUCUUUAGUA